GUGUUGCUCAUCCCAUAUGCACAAGCUCGUGUUCCAUGAGGCGAUAAAGUUCUCUACUGCUCUCGCGUUCACGCGCGAAGCCGAAAACCCUUUCGCGCCCCGCCCCCGCCCCCUCCAUCUCCACCCGUCUCCCUCUUACCGCCGUACACAUCCAGCAUUCCUCCCCCCAAAUUCUAUGCCAUCCACGAAGUAACCGCCGAUUUCCCUCCCCGCGAGCCACAAGCCCACAAUGCCGACUCUCCGCAGCGCGACGGCGAACGCGUCCCCCAUGGGCACCCCAUUACCUGCCGAGACGAGCACGCCGCGCAGCGUCAAGCGCCGGCUGACGCCAGGUCGAGCCGGCGAGUCGCCUGGCGCGUCGCGGCACACCUCUCCUCACCGACACCCGCACGCCAGCACCGGACCUGUACACGUGCCUAAGAUGCUCUCGGCGUCGCCCAAGUCCUCCAGGAAGCGCCUCUACGGUGACUUCGUCGCAGCCGAGAAGCCCAAGUGGAACCCCCGAGAUGCCGCGCAGAUGAGGGCUGUGAAGGAGGCGCUGCACGUGGCGACAGUGCCGUCGUCUGAAUUGGUUUGCCGGGACAACGAGCUCAGGCGUGUCCUUGAGUUCUGCGAGGCGUGCGUCGAGCAGGAGAAGGCUGGUAGUCUCUAUGUCUGCGGGUGCCCUGGCACAGGGAAGACAUUAUCUAUUAACAAGAUCAAGGAUAGUUUGGUGUGCUGGGGGAAUGAGACACCUGAUGCCUUAACAAUCAAUUGUACAAACCUAGCAAACACCUCUGAUAUUUUUGGCAAGAUGCUAGAAACAUUUCAGAACCGAAAGAAGGGACGCAACAAAUUGUCGCCACUUCACCAACUUCAGAGCAUGUUUUCCAACAAGGAUUCAGCUCCAAGAAGAAUGAUGUUGGUCAUCGUGGAUGAGAUUGACUACUUAAUAACAAGAGACCGUGCUGUGCUGCAUGAUCUUUUCAUGCUCACAACUUGUCCAUUCUCUAGAUGCAUACUCAUAGGAAUUGCAAAUGCCAUAGACUUAGCAGAUCGUUUUCUUCCAAAGCUGGAAUCCUUAAAUUGCAAGCCUCUUGUUGUGACUUUUCGAGCAUAUUCUAAGGAUCAAAUAUCUGACAUAGUUAAGCAUAGGCUAAAGGUUCUUGAGUAUGAUGUCUUUGAACCACUAGCUCUGGAGUUUUGUGCUAGAAAAGUUGCAGCUGCCUCUGGUGACAUGAGAAAAGCCCUAGGCGUUUGCAGGAGUGCUGUGGAGGUUCUUGAAGCAAGGCUACAUGAUUUCCCUGAUAAAGAAUUAAGAAUAGUGACAUUUGACCAUAUGGAUAUAGCUUUGUCAAAAGCAUUCAAGUCAGCAGUCGUAGAUAGCAUACUGUGUCUUCCCCAGCACCAACAGAUGGUGCUGUGUGCGCUGGCAAAUACCUUUCAGCAUUGCAAGAAAAAGGCUACUACUCUAGGAGAGCUGAACAAAUCAUACAUCGAGAUUUGUAGAUCAACCCAAGUUCCAGCACUUGGAAUGAUUGAAUUUUCUAACAUGUGUAUGGUUUUGAGUGAUCAGGGGUUCAUGAAGUUGGGGCAAUCCAAGGAAGAUAAGCUUAGGAGAGUAACACUUCAUAUUGACAGUUCAGAUAUCACUUUUGCCUUUAAGGGAAAUCGUUUCUUCCAAAAAUGCCUGGAGCAGCGAUGCUAACCAGACUCAAUAGUAGAUCAAUACAUGUAGCCAAUUGUUGUUAUACACUGUAGUAUUAGUUUAUUGACAUUAUCAAGUACCAUCAGUUUCAACCCUGGAUGUAUACUCAGGUGCUUUCAUCCAACAUGAUCAAACCUUGGUUACAUCACGAAACUCUUUCUUGGAGUGCAGAGAUAAGUGUACAUGUGACGAGUUAUGACAGUAUUACGUGACAUAAUUUUUCCAAAAUAUAGUUGAGUGUAGUUAUGCUUUCUCAAUUUUUGGUUUUUCCAGAACUGAUUGAUCAUGUAGCUAACCAUUUAGCAUACCAAGAACAUUUAUUGACACAUUUCUUGCUGGAAGUUGACACCAGUAAUGAGAAAUUACAAAUAAUUAAUGUGUCUUUUCCGAAUAAGUGACAUUAUUUUGAUAUUUUACAGUAGCAUUAUUCAGGUUGUAAAAUGUCUUUAGCACCCCCCCCCCCUUUUGGAAAUUUGAAUAGGGCGGCUUCUCGAUUAAAGAUAAAAACAAAUGAACUUAUAGAGACAAUACAACUGAAUGAAGUGAUCGUUAUCUUUUGCAAACAACUGCUUUCCGUUGUACACUGUAAUUUACAAUUGUUCUCUGCCUUUCAUUUCUAUACCAGAACUUAAUACUACAUCUGUUCACAAAUAUAUGACAUCGUUUACUUUUUUUAGAAAACUUUGACCACUCGUCUUAUUCAAAAUAUUCAUUCAAAAAUGUAAAAUUUUAAGUCAAGCAUAAACUACCUGAUAAAAACAAAUCAUAAAAAAUAAAUGAUAAUUAAUACUAAUUUUUAAAUAAGACGUGUGGUCAAAGUUUUUUUAAAAAAUUAAUGGUGUCAUAUAUUUAUGAACGGAGAGAGUACUCGUUUGCAGGAUGAGGAGUCAGGCUUGUUUUCUAUAUCUAUUUUUUAAAUUAUUGUUAUGCGCUGGUAAAUCGUUUUGUUUAUGCUACACAUGCUGAAAAAGAUUGGGCCUUCCCCUCCCCCGAGCGACUAGCUUGACUGGGCUAUGAAAUUAGGCCUAUGACCAUCACAUUCGAAGCCCACUUGAGGGCGUAGGGCAGCGCAUCUGAAUUCUGAUAGAUGAAAUGUCGGAAUUGUUUUCCUAUUUUUAUUCCGCCUUUUACAAAAUAAUGAUCACAAAAGAAUGUUUUCUAUAAAUAUAAUCAUUGCCAACUAAAAUGGUGACGUCUUAUUUUGUCAAUUCAGUUAGCUGAAAUUUUCCUUUCCGUCAGUUGAAUGGUAGAACCUUUGCUUUCUGUAUAAUUUAUGCCAACAACAAUGAGCUACCUAUUUUUUUUAUAGAAUUAAGUUGUGCCUAACCUAAAUUUAAAUUAAAUAAAUUCUAAUAUCUAUAUAAAAGCAAGAGAUUAACAAACUUAAAGUCCUGUUUGAUAGGCCUCUAUAAAACCAUCUCCAACGAUGCCCCACACCUCCCCUCAUCCCAUGUUCAAUAGAAUAUAAAACUAGCCGCUUUAGACUCUCUAGUAGGCUAUGUAUAUGGACAUGCAAACUAUUGCUUUUGCAUUGUAGAUUACUGUUGGGGUCGUGCUUCGGUGCGCCGAAGGUCUCACACGAAGAAGCAGCUUCGGCUGAAGUCGUCUCCAAGAGAUGGCCGAAGGUCCCUUUUCAUGGAGCUUCGGCGUUUUAAACCGACAUAGAGAUAGAAUGACCUUUUUAUACAUAUAGGUCUGAGUCAAUGCUAUAAACUUUCGCAAGGGGCAUAAUUGUAAUUUGUCACAGGCUGCGACCUGUGCCUAUAAAUAGAUGAACAGUACCUCUGUACUAUUCAUGUGAAUCUGUCAUUUGCUUUCGCAUCACGCUUGUACUUUUGCCUUCCGCAGGACCGAAGGUACAUUUGUAAUUCAAAGUCAUUUAUAUUCAUUAAUACAAGUAGAGAUAAUUCUAUG